AUGCAGGCAGGGUCCUUCCGCAAAACGAUACUGGUGGACGACAACUCUCGCUCGCUGCGAGGAUUCGAGAGGAGGAACGUGGAGGCUGGCGACGCCAACGCCCACGCUGACGGGCGGGUCGCGCACCAAGUACUCGAAAGUCGAGCCAAGCCGUACCAUCCCAAUCCAUAUGCGUCCAAGGAGCGGAGCCGUGCGGUGUUGACGUUGCGUGAUCAAAUUCGAUACUUGUUCAAUGCCAUCGAUCGAGCCUCUCCAGCGAAUUUUGUCGAUCCUUGUCUGAACUUCGCUUUCCUGCACCACCAACCAUAA